AACCCCGCCCCCGCCGGCUUUACACACAGUCUCGGAGUGGCGGUGUGAAGCUAAGCUAGCUUUAUCUGUGUUUACAUACAGAAAAACGGGUCUGGAACAGAAAAUAUACAAUAUGAGCUGUUAAUGUGUUUAAUAUCUGUUUACUGAGCGUCUGAUUACUCGUUUUAUUAAAGCACAGUUAUGAUCGAGGACUCUGAAUCUGAGUUGGAGACCCGGUCCAGUGGGGAGCUCUGGUCCGAGAUCUGCUCUAAUCUGCCGGAACCGGAGGAGCAAGGACCCGGUGACGGACGGUUCACUGAUUCAUUCCAGCCUCCCACCCAGGAGACCAACCAGACCAACUUCACCUCCUCCCCCAGCAGCACCUUCAGCCCCUGGGAACCAAUGGCAGAUUCUGAAGUGUACAUCGCAAGUUUAGAAAACCGUUUGAAAAGAAUUAAAGGACAGUCGAAUGAAGUAACUUCAAGGGAAAUGCUGCGAUCCUUGUCUCAGGCCAAGAAGGAGUGUUGGGACAGGUUUCUUCAUGAUGCUCAGGCUUCAGAACUUUUCCAAGAAGGAGAUCUGGAUCAGAGUGCUCUGGAGCAGCUGAAGCGCUGGCUCUCUCCUGAACGCGUAGCGAUCAGUGCUGAAGAGCUGGAGUACCUCCUCCUGCCGUCACACAGCCGAGAGGAAGCUCAGCACUCCUCCAGCACAGAUCACACUGCUGAAGAGCCUGAUGAGGAGGAGAACUCCAGCCCAGAGAAAUAAACUCCAUCAUUCACCUCCAAUAGACUCUGAUGACCAGCGGGCAGUUCAGCUGCAGUCUGAGACUGAGUGUGUCCUCAGUGCUGUACUGCACACGGUGUACAGGUGACUGAUUUACCUGCAUGAAGGAUGACAGACACUAAAUUAAAAUUCCCAUUGGAAUGCAGCUGCAUACUUUAAUGCCGUAUUUCUCACACUGUAAGGCGCACUUAUCUCCAUAACCGCAUCAGUGAACGUCUAUUUUCUGCUCUAUUUUCAUACAUAAGACACACCGGAUUAUAAGGGACAUUAUGUGACACUAGUAAGGAACAGGGGUCUCACCAUAUUUUCCCUCUAAUUCUGAAGUGGUGAGACCUGUAAAGCUAAGCUAAGUAAACUGUAAUUUUUAAACACAGUCAAACGAGUGCUGGAUGUUAAUCUGCACAGAUUUCUCUCCUAAAAAAAAUGUUUAUUUGGGUGAGUAAAGAACUUCAGUUUAUUUACAGUAAGCUUAAGAUUUCCAGAUUUACACUAAGCCUCGGUGCAGCAGCAAUAGCAGCUAAAUAAAUAAACAAUUACAGGGGAAUGCAGCUGCGUACUUGCAUAUCACGCCGGAUUAUAAAGCGCACCAUCAUUUAAUGUCUAUUUUCAUACACAAGGAUCACCGGAUUAUACGGCGUAUUAUGCGACACAAAUAAGGAACAAGGGUGUCGCUAUGUUUUCCUUACAAUUCAGCAGAUCUCUUUUAAAGUCAAAUGAGUGCUGGAUGUUAAUCUACACAGAUUUCCCUCCUGAAACCUGUUUAUUUGGGUGAGUAAAGUGCUUCAGUUUAUUUACAGUAAGCUUAAAUUUCCAGAUUUCCACUAAGGCUGGGUGCAGCAGCAUUAGCAGCAUUAGCAGCUAACUGUGGUUAGUGGUAAAUCAGGGCGAUAUUAGCUAGCGGUUCUUCCCACGUAGCUUGUAUAACACAGUAAACAUGCAGACUAUAGUCCAAUAUACUGACCUCUAAACGGUGAAAGAGCUAGCGCUUAGCGCUGUGGUUAGCGGCUAAUACUGUUCCAGUCUGGGUGCUGGAGAACUAAACUGAAACUCGAAACUCUUGUAUAACAUAACCAAGGAUUUUAAGUGUGCUUUAUAAUGUGAAAAAUACAGUAUUUUGUCAUUGAAGACAUGAGCUUUGAGGUUCUUAAACCCUGAUGUAUUUUAGUUAUUUAGUUUAGUUAUUUUUCAUUGUCUUUGUACAUUCUCAUUUAGUCUAUAUGUCCUGAAGUGUGUAACAACUGAAAUUCUGAUUCAGUUCUGAAAAUAAGCAUAUUAAUAGCCAGUUUGUUCCACAACCUUGAUGUAAAAACAGCUUCUACUCCUCUGGGAAGGUUUUACACUAGAUGUUAGAAUUCAUGCUGUGAGAACUUAAUAUUAAUCAUUAAUAUUAAUUCAACCACAACAGCUGAGCUCAUUUUGGUGUUGAAUGACUUAUUUCUGUAUCAACGUUACUACAAACUACUCAUUCCAGAGAUACUGAAAAGAGCUUAGUCAUUCCAUAAUUCUAUAGCCCAAGGUUGGAUAUACAGCUCUGUAAAAAAUAAAGAGAUCACUUCAGUUUCUGAAUCAGUUUCUCUGAUUUUGCUAUUUAUAGGUUUAUGUUUGAGUAAAAUGAACAUUGUUGUUUUAUUCUAUAAACUACAGACAACAUUUCUCCCAAAUUACAAAUAAAAAUAUUCUCAUUUAGAGCAUUUAUUUACAGAAAAUGAGAAAUGACUGAAAUAACAAAAAAGAUGCAGAACUUUCAGACCUCAAAUAAUGCAAAGAAAACAAGUUCAUAUUCAUAAAGUUUUAAGAGUUCAGAAAUAAUCAAUAUUUGGUGGAAUAACCCUGGUUGGUUUUUAAUCACAGUUUUCAUGCAUCUUGGCAUCAUGUUCUCCUCCACCAGUCUUACACACUGCUUUUGGAUAACUUUAUGCUGCUUUACUCCUGGUGUAAAAAUUCAAGCAGUUCAGUUUGGUUUGAUGGCUUGUGAUCAUCCAUCUUCACUCAUCAUUUUUAAGCGCUCUCUUAUUUUUUUCCAGAGCUGUAUAUGUGUUUGUUCAUCUGACCUUGUUUACUGAAAUGUCAGGAGUGCUGGAGAUAAAACUAGCUAUUAUUUGCUUCUAAAGAUCCGUUGUAACCAUUUUGCCAAUUCAGUUGCUUUAAUAAUGAAAUGUUUUACAUUCUGUAUAACUAAUUUCUGACAUGAUUUCCUGAACAAAAUGUUACAAAAGUUAUGUAAUUGUUGUCUUCGUAGUAUUUAUGUUACAUCAUCAGUUUAUUUAUUUAUUUUUUCUCAAAUUUUUAUCCCACUUUUUCCCCAAUUUAUACGACCAAUUGCCCAACCCACACAUUAGAACUCCUCCCCCUAUCACUAGUGAUGCUUCAACACCAGGAGGGUUAAGAAGACUAUCACACGCCUCCUCCGAUACAUGUGAAGUCAGACUCCGCCUCUUUUUGAAAUCUUUUUGCCGAGUAGCAUCACAGCACUAACACUCGGAGGAAAGCACAGCGACUCGGUUCUGAUACAUCAGCUCACAGACGCAGCCUUGUGCUGAUCCACAUCACCCUAGAAGUGAUGAGGGGAAAGAGAGAGAGCGCCAUCUACUGUACUGUACCCACCCAGAGAGAGCAAGACCAACCAAUUGUGCUCUCUCAGGGCUCCAGCAGCUGAUGUCAAGCUGCAUGACUGGGAUUCGAACCGGCGAUCUUCUGAUCAUAGUGGCAGCACUUUAUACUGCUAGAACCUUAAAAUGCCCACAGUAAGAAAAGGAAAUAAGAAUGAGCUGUUCACUGAGUUUAUCUGAUUUUAAUUUUGGAUUUGGUAUCAAUAUUCAGACAUAGAUCUGGGCUCUCAUGGGUUAAACUUCUGGGUAAUUAAGUGAUGAAGAUGUUAGAGCAGAUAAAUCACUGGAUUGUGCUGAACACCAACCAUAAAUCACUGGAAUUGAUUACCCCCUUCUCUAGACAACAAGCCAGACCCUAAUAUGAAGUUGUUUUUUGGAUUGUCCUAUAAUUUCCCAACUUUAACUCAUAUAAUCUAGUAUUUUAAUUAGUUUUGGUGAUCAAAUAUGCGUUAACUUUUGUGAAUGGUCUCAAAACGCUUCCAAAUAAUGUGACAAUAUAUGGACAUACUUUUAUCAGCUACUCUUAACAACUGUUGGUUCUGCUGGACCAGUGAAAUACGGACUACAUAAACAUGCUGUUGUGACCGGUGUUGUAAACAGUCUCUGUGAUUCAUGCUGAUUUCAUUUGUAUUCCAGCAGCAGUUCUGAAAAAGAAAUAAACUGCGGGUCUAAUUGGA